GCUCUACACUAGGCAGGGGAAGCAGGAGCACAAAUUCUAGACUCAGGUCCAGCUCCCCAGACAGGCCCCAGGGCAAUUGUUGUUGAUCUUUGCUGGAUACCGUACCCCAAUCUCGAGGUGUACUCGCUACCUGUCCGGUAGAGAGAUUAGCCCGAACCACGAUACCCGGAGGAGAACAGUGAAACACACACACCCACAUACACACAGCUAUGCCUCUCGAUACUUCAGCUUACAGCCUCGCGCUGUUGCGCGUCGACGGCCGCAGGUGGAACGAGCUGCGUCGCAUCCAUGCCCAGAUCCGCACCCAGGCCGCCGCCGAUGGCUCCAGUUACCUCGAGAUGGGCCACACCAAGGUCAUGUGUGUCGUCAACGGACCCAGUGAGCCCGGUCCUCGGAGGGGAGCCACGUCGGGCGGUGGUGGUGGCGGUGGUCAAUCCAAGAACGCUGAGGUUGCUGUAAACAUUGUGAUUGCUGGGUUUAGCUCCGUUGAUCGCAAGCGAAGGGGCAGAGGUGAUAAGCACAUCCUCGAGCUCCAAUCGACGAUAUCCCAAGCCCUCGCCGCCAGCCUGCACACCCACCUCUUCCCGCACUCCACCAUCAACAUCUCCCUGCACGUGCUCUCGCAGGACGGCUCUCUGCUGGCCGCCCUCAUCAACGCCGCCACGCUCGCCUGCGUCGACGCCGGCAUUCCCAUGACAGACUACGUCGCGGCCUGCACGGCCGGCUCGACGUCCACAUACGCGGCCAACGACGAGGGCGCCGACCCGCUGCUGGACAUGAACCACCAGGAGGAGCAGGAGCUUCCCGGUCUGACGGUGGCCACGCUGGGCGACAGCGACCGGGUGGCGGUGCUGGUCUGCGAGAGCAGAGUGCAGGUCAGCCGGCUGGAGGGCAUGUUGGCUGUGGGCGUGGACGGGUGUAAGCAGGUGAGGGAGAUUCUGGAUCGGGUGGUGAGGGAGAAGGGGAUAAAGAUGAUACAGGAGGGCACAGUGGAGAGGGGGGUUGGGUUGAAUGAUAUGGAACUGGACUGAUUGCAUACUACUAGGUGGACGGCUGGCCAAGUUUCAUAGAAUUGGGUUGGGUAUGGCACGGUAGGUAGCAUUGUAAUGGUUUGGGGGGCAAAAGGAAUGAACAAAAUGACGAAGUUCACGACUAUCAAAUGCAACCAAGUACAUACAGCUCAUGA